GUGUACGGAUAUUUGUUGCCUUACAAGCCCAAGGGUCCCAUGAUCGAGCUGGUAUUGGAGUCCUUUACCGUGGGUCGAAGUGUGAAGGCCAACCAUCGGAUCCUCCCCCAGACUGGUCAGGUGCGUUUCAAGCACUUUGAUGCCAUUUCCAAGGUCCAAUUCGCGCUCAUUAAGGACAAGAUCGGCGUGUUCUUAGAGGAUCGCAGCUCCAAUGGCACCUAUGUUAACCGCACCUUGGUGGGCAGGUCCAAACGUGUUCUAUUAAGUCACAACGAUAAAAUUGGCGUGACUGAACCCAAGGCCAUUCACUUCAUCUACAUGCACUCCAAUCAGGACCAAUAUCCGAUCGAAUUGACUCAAAAAUAUACCGUGGCCCAAGAACUAGGUAAAGGGGCUUGUGGUACCGUCAUGUUAGGGGUGAGGAAAGAAGAUUCCACUCAAGUGGCCAUUAAGAUCAUCAAGAAGAAAGAGGUGGCCCUUUUGCCCAGUUCCAACAAAGGCAACGUCCUCAACGAGGUUAAAAUGCUGCGAGCCAUUGAGCAUCCCUGUGUGAUACGCUUGGAGGACGCCAUCGAAACCCCGGACACGCUCUACAUCAUUCUAGAGUUGGCCGAUGGGGGUGAGCUCUUCGAUAAGAUCAUUGAAAAGACUCGGUUCCAAGAAAACGAGGCCAAACUGUAUUUCUACCAAAUUGUGUCAGCCGUCGAGUUCAUGCACUCGAAAAACAUUGCCCAUCGAGAUCUCAAACCUGAAAACAUUCUCUUGGUGUCGGAUGAUGAAUCUCGACCUUUGAUCAAGAUCACAGAUCUGGGCCUAUCCAAGUUCGUAGACUUUACCACCCAUCUCAAGACCUUUUGCGGCACACCCCAGUACCUGGCCCCGGAAGUGCUCUUUUCCCGUGUCCGAGGAAGCGGAAUAUACGAUCACAAAGUGGAUAUGUGGUCUCUGGGUGUCAUUUUAUACAUUCUUCUCUGCGGUUGUCCGCCAUUCAAUCCGAUGCACCCGAAGAAAUCUCUGGUUCAGCAGGUCACCGAUGGUGACUAUUCGUUUCCCGAGUCCCAAUGGGCAUCAAUUUCACCUGAGGCCAUUGAUUUAGUCACCCAGCUCAUGACGGUGGACCCAAAGAAGCGAUUGGGUGCUGCUGAAGCUCUGGUUCAUCCCUGGCUAGCCGAUAAAGAAAUUCAGCUCAAAGCUGAAGCGUUGAUGAGACCCAACGUGAACCGCGAGCCAGCAACCUCGAUUGCCUCGAAAACUCGUAGUGGAGUGUCUGCCCUGUUCAAACGACCCGCCGAAGAGGCCAAUGGUGGGCAACAAUGCAAGAGAACCAAGCAGUAGCUUAUGAAGCCCUGUCACUUACACUCACUGAUGAACAACUAGCUACCUGAGGAUCCGGAUUCACGCCAGUUCGAAUUUGUUCCCAAUGCCGUCCUAAAGCCUUUCUGAAUUUCAGAUCAAGAUGAAAGAGAAAAUUAUAUCGUUAACUUCUAAGCCCGAAGAAAUCCAGAGGUGUAUUGUCCGGAAAUUUAUAUCAAUUCGUUUGAAUGCAUUCACACAACUGCCUGGUAGACUUGCUCUUAACAUGGAAUUGAAGUAAGGAAUGAGAGACGAUGUGACGAUAUGAUCCAAGUUAGGUUUCUAAAUGCUUGAUAAUGGCAUUCACGAAUUCUUUCGUGGUAGUGUGACCUCCAACGUCCUUGGUUUUGUGCUUGCCACUACGCAACACACGAUCCACCGCGGAUUUGAUCAUCUGGCUGUGGAAUGGUAGAUUCAGAUGGCUCAACAAAUUGGCUGAAGCGUAGAGCAUGCCCGUGGGGUUGGCCAGGUUCUUACCCGCCGCCAACGAGAACAUGUGCCGCGUUGCGGGCUCAAAGCAAGCAA